CCGCAGAGGGGACAUGUACACUGACCAUCAGGGCACUGAUGUGUGGCCCCAGAAGUGCCACCUGUCAGUGUCCAUCAGUGCCACGUGCAAGUGCCCAUCAGUGCCACAUCAAUGCCACAUAUCAGUGCAUACCAGUGCACAUCAAUUCCACCUAUCAGUGCCCAUCUGAGCUGCCUUUCAAUGUCACCCAUCAGUGCCAGUCAGUGCCACCAUCAGUACCAGUCAGUGUCGCCUAUCAGUGCGUAUCAGUGCCAGUCAGUGCCGCCUAACAGUGCCAGUCAGUGUCGCCUAACAGUGCCAGUCAGUGUCGCCUAACAGUGCCAGUCAGUGUCGCCUAACAGUGCCAGUCAGUGUCGCCUAACAGUGUCGCCUAACAGUGCCACCUAUCAGUG